AGAGCAGAACCAUUGCUCCAAAAUGAAAUGAAAAUGGUGAUUUCUCAGGAGGAGCACACCGUCUCCACCCCUGUUUUCCCGCCCAAGGAGGAAGCCCCACAGCGACAUGGACGGAGCUGCAUUGCUGAGAGUCUGUGUCCUGUGCAUCUGGGUGCAGCAGAACCAUCCAGGCUGGACGGUGGCUGAAGAGCUCCAACAAAUUAGAAACUUUACUGAAAACAUCACCAAAUUCUUCCAGAAGGUAGUUGAUCCAGUGUAUCUGGAAAUCCUGCAGACUGACAGUGAAGCCUGGCAGAGAUUUGUGGCUGUGGCUGGACUGCCCAGAGAUGAGGCAAAUGCUCUCUAUGAAGCUCUGAAGAAGCUCACAACACAUGUGGUUAUUGACGACAAAGACAAGUGGCAAAAUGACCGGCAGUCAAGAGAGUGGUUUUUGAAAAAUUGUCCUCAACUCCGAAGGCAUAUUCAGGAGUCCAUAAGGGAGCUUUAUGCCCUUGCAGAUAGGAUUGAAAAGGUCCACAGAGACUCCACCAUCUCCAAUGUGGUGUCCUCCGCCACUGGCACUGCCUCUGGCAUCAUGUCUAUUCUCGGCCUUGUUUUGGCACCAUUUACAGGAGGGACGAGUCUGGCCCUCACUGCAGCUGGGGCAGGGCUGGGAGCACUGUCUCUUGUGGCUGGGGCCAUCACCAAUGCCGUGGAGCACUCACACACAUCAUCAGCACACGCCGAAGCCAGCAGGCUGUCUGCGACCAGCAUGGACAAACUGAAAGAAUUUAGUGAAGUUAUGCAUGAAAUGCCACCCGACUCACGCUCCCGCGUUAUUGAUUUUUACAAAGCCACAGAAGUCCUUGGGAAGCAGGUUCGUGCCAUAAGGGGAGCCAGAGCCGGCGCCCAACACCCUGGGCAAAUCUCAGCUGAAAAUGGUGCUGGGUUGAUCUUAACAAGUGGACCCACCAACUGGCUGGCGGGCAGAGGAGGCCAGAUGAUAAAUGUGGCCCCUACAGGCAUCCUGCUUGUGCUGGAUGUGGUCAACCUUGUGUACGAGUCAAAGCACUUGCUUGAGGGGGCAAAUUCAUGGUCAGCGGAGGUGCUGAAGCAGCGGGCUCACAUACUAGAGGUGAAUCUAAAGGUGCUCUCUCAGAUCUGUUGACCUCUGAACCUAUAACGUAGUGGGGAACUCCAGAGCAGUGCAGCCAUGAGGGGAGACGAGCUGAACACGGGCCAGGACAAAAUGCAGACAUUUUAUUAGAGGGAUAAAGGGGGCGAGACAAAGCUGAUGGAGCUGAGUGUUAGGGGCUUUGGCAUUUCUGUAGCUGAGCACAGCAGGGGAGGGGUUAAUGCAGAUGGCAAGUGCACCGAGGAGAAGGCAGGAAUGCCGAGCCUGGAAUAAGGGAAGAGAGAGGACGGGAUAGUGUGGGGAACGGGAAGAAACAGUUGGCUUUAGGCCAAAGCAUAUAUUGGGAGAGGAAUAGAGGGGAGGCGUGCAGGAACAGCCAAUGAGGAGGCCAGGAAGAGAAAGAGCUGAAAACGCAGCGAGCCAAAAUGCAGACCCGCUCAUUUGUUUGAUGUUUUUCUAAGAACGAAGUCUUUCCCUGGCGAUGGGCUCCCACCUGUCUCUCCAGCAUCCACUCCCCCUUGUCCUUCCGGGGGUGUGUCUCAGACGGUGGCUUCUUGAUGGUGGUGGUUGUAGUGUGACGGGUCCCCUUUUAGGUUAUUUAAGGGUGUUUGUCCCCUGCUUGAACCCUGAAUGCCAGGCAAUGAGCCAUGGCCAUGGUCCCCAGCUGAGGACCAGGUGCCUCUGAGAAUCCAAACAUCCUGGAGAACAUGAGAAACCACCAAGAAAAUGUGGCUCAGACACAGUUGGCAAAGAGCCAGAAAGUUAACUGCAAAGCAGUCUGGAGACUGGAGGCAGAACGGAUCUCCAGGGUUGUCCUGCUGAGCGCCCCGUGUGGACAUCCUAAUAAACUCACCAAGCAGGACUUGCUUGAGUCAUUCCUUGGUCUCACUGCUGCUUUUCCACUUCGGGGGCAAGUUACCGUCUCAAAUUUUUGUCCUAACAGUGGUAAAGCUGAUGGUGAUGAUGUCAACCGACAGUGGGAGGGUCUGAAACGUGCUUGGUUCUGCUUGAGAACAGGGUACGCUGAGGGGCCAACGACAUGCCAGUGAAACUCCAAAUGCUGUAUUCGAAAAGUAGUUGAUUUGUGAAGGAAAAUAAAAGCAAAACCAGAU